AUGGGGGGGGCCCUGGCCUUCCCCGCCGCCGUAUUGGCCCUGCCGGCUGCCAGGGCGCUUGACGUGCUGGCCUACGCGACGCCCGUCGCGGCCACGAGCCACCAGCUUGCCGUCCGCCGCGCGGCAGAAGCGCUCGCGCGUGGGGGCCACCGCGUGACGCUGCUAGAGCCGGCCGCUGCCAAGACGAGGGUCAGAUUCAUGGAUGGCGGUGACUCCCUUAGCAACCUCACGGUUGAGUAUCGAAGUCAUGGAAGACGCGAUUUAUUCCAAGCGUUUCCAGGCGGGCGAGAGCUUCCAGAGCCUUUCGCGCGAGGUGAACGCGCAGCUCGUGCCCCAGGCGAUGCGGCUGCUUCGCGGCAGGCGCUUCGACCUCGCGGUGGUGGACGCGCUCUACCCGCUCCUGGCGAAGGAGCUCGGGCUGCUCUCGGUGCACCUCCAGUGCGCCAGUGCGACCCAGACGCGAUCCCUGGCGCCUGGUUUCAUUAUGGCCUGGCGGUGGGACGCGGCUGGCAGGACGUCGGGGCCAAUGUGCGGUUCGUCGGCCUGUGGCUACUCUCGUGGUUGUUCGCAGGGCACCACCAGGCCGGAGUGCCCAGCGGGAGCGGCCCACUGACGUGGGCGGAGUAUUACGGCCGGCACGUGCCAUUGUUGUUGCUGCAGGGCACGCGGGAGCUCUCGUUUCCGUUGAGGGCAGCCGAGCUGGCGGCGCUGCACCCGGCUCGCGUGCACUUCGUGGGCAGCUUGACGGCCCGGCCGUGGGCGCAGGCGCCCGCUGAGCUGGGGUUGUGGCUGGCUGCCACGGGCCGGGACCCUGACAGCACGCAGCUUGCCUUGGUCGCAUUCGGCACGAAGGCGUUGCAGUGCCCCACCGAGAUGCUGCGGGCGCUGGCGGACGAGGGCCUGACUGCAGUCGUCCUGGUCGAAGCCUGCCGCCACGAGCUGGAGCCUACGCAGCAGCACCUGGCGCCAGCCUCCAGGGACCAGGCGGCGUGGCUGCGGGCGCCGGGGCUGCGGCUCGCGGUCGUGCACGGGGGCAUCCACUCGCUGCUGGAGGCCGUGGGCGCUGGCGUGCCAGUGGCUUGCGUGCCCCACGAGGGCGACCAGUGGAGGAACUGCCGCGACCUGCAGAGGCGCGGCCUCGGCUGGGCCGUGCGGCCCAAGGCCGAGGCCGCGGAGGCCCAGGCGGCGUUCCGCAUGUUGCUGCAGGGCGGCUUCACGAGCCCCGAGGCGACGCGGGCUCUGGAGGAGGCGGGCGGACCCGCCGCCGUGGUGGAGGCGGUGGAGUCGCUGGCGCUGCCCUCGGGCAGCCGGGGUCCGGCGCGGGCGGCGGCGUCCAGCAUGCCGUUCUUCGCGGCGCCGCUGUCGUGGCAGGAGGCGUGGGUCUUGCUCGCAAUGCUGCUCGU